AUGACAAGCACGACAUCCUCAUGGCGUGCCCUAGUGACAAUCUAUACCGACUCCGACAAACCCCAAGUCGUCAACAUGACCUCCAUGACUUGGAUAGACAAGAAAAACAUUACACAUUCAAUGGACUUCCCGGGCGGAACAGGCAAGCUCGGCUCGGGCAAAGCAAGAGAGUACUGGGAUCAUCUUGAAAAUCAAGGCACAGCAUUAACUUUUUUGAUUCUUCUGGGCAUAGGCGCAUUGAUCCUGUUCAUGGCAAGCUGUGGCCAGAGGUGGGACCGCAAUCGACGGAGGAGACAUAUGGCGAAACAGAAACGGCAGGAAGAAAUCGAGCGGCGUGAGAAGUUGGGAGGAAAUAGCCAUGAAAUGAACCGCUUUUCUUCCAUGAAUCGGUUCCUCAAUACACCGCAGGCAGCACGAGAGGAUUUCAGAGCCAUCUGA